AUGAAAAUGAGCAACUUCUCCGUGAGCGUCACGCCGAGUAGCAGCCCGAGUGGCAGCAUCCCCAACAAGGGCUGCAACGUAAAUGUGCCAACAUCCCCAAACUUAACAAAUUAUGAACGCGGUCAGAACAUUUUCAUGGGACAAAGCGCAAAUGGUCACGAUUAUAAUUUACCGUCCAACCAAAAUAUGCUGAGUCAUCAGAGCGUUCCGCCCGGCCAGCACCCCUGCGGCAACGCGGGCAAUUAUGACACCAAUUAUGACGCCAAUUAUGAAGCAAAUUAUGAAGCAAAUUAUGGAGCCAAUUAUGAUGCCAAAUAUGGAGCAAAUUAUGACACCAAUUGUGACGUCAAUUACGAUAGCAGCUACGAUAGCAGAACGAACGGCUGCGCGAAUGAAAAUAAAACGAAUUGGCCGAGCGGGAACUCCCUGGGAAGCACACACUGCGCGAAUAGCAUGCACAUCGGACUGAAUAAUGGCCACCCAUCGUAUGUAACUGAUGGGGAACAGAUUUUAUGUCAGGCGAAACUUUUUAUGGCCAGAAAAAAUUUUGACAGCGCGAGUGGCCCCAGCGGAAACGUGGCCCAGGCGGUGAACUGCGGCCCAAGCAGUUUGCAGUCAAGUGGGCACCAAGUUGCGCAGCAAAAAAUGCAGCAAAAAUUGCAGCCGCAUUUGCAGUCAAAUGUGCAGUCAAAUAUGCCGCCAAAUGUGCCGCCAAAUGUGCCGCCAAAUGUGCAGUCCCCCCCGCGCGCGAGCAACAACUUGCGCAAAGUUAACCCUGAGCAGAAGAAUGCAAAUAUGUGCAACUACAGUUUGCAGCACAACUCUGCCCUGAACCAGGAGCAUCAAAUUCUGAGUGCACAGAACGGGUACUGCCCCAGUAGUAGUAACAGCAUGGCGAACGGGAAUAGCCCUAGCAUGUUGGGGGUGCCUUACCAUCCGCACGACAAUCUUUUAACCCAAAAUGUGCCCGGAAUUGGUGGAGCAAAUAUUUGCGCGAAGAACAGCUCUGCCCAAGGACAUUCAAAUGGAAUGGCAAAAGGUACACAACAAAAUCAGGGUGCCAUGGUGAGUAACAAAAUGAAUAAUUCCUGGAAGGGAAACUACGACUUGGGGAAGGGCAUCAGUGCGAUUGCAGCUAAUAAUGUUCUUCCCUAUGCCAAUAUUAUGAACGUCGAAGGUGGAAAAAAGGGGGAAGAAAGCGCAAGAACAACGGGAAGUAAUUACCAAAACGCGGUGGAUGGCUACGAUGGCAGUUAUGUUAGCAAAAAUUACGGCAAUGGUAACUGUAGCGGUAGUGGCCAUGGCAACGUUGGUGCAAGUUGCGUUGGCGGGGCUAACGACCCCGGAGGGAACAGCCACAGUCGCGCUGUUAGCAGCGGUGCAUGCAGGAGCACCCAAUAUAAGGGCAACAUGAUGACUCCCCAGAAUAACAACAGCAGUAUGGGGCUAAAUAUGAGUGGCAAAAAAUCUGAACACAUUUUGCAGAGCAUGAACAAAGCACUAAGUGUAAAUGGCAAAGUGGAGAGGAUGAUGGAAAUUCCACAACAGGGUGCACCCAUAUUGAAUAAUAUCGAAGUGUUAAGCGACUACACUAAAGUGCAAGGUAAUUUUCGUGGAAGCGAGACUAGUGCACUACCUUUUUCAGGUGUGAAUAAGAACGGUGUUAAGUUUGUCGACCCGCGGAAAGGUGUUGACAGUUAUGUGGCGAUGAGCGGCACCCCCUUGGGUGUGGCAAUGGGUAGUGGUAGUGGCAAUGGUAGUGGCAAUGGCAGUGGUAGUGGCAGUGGCAGUGGCAGUGGCAGUGGCAACGGAAUAGGUCCCUACAGCAGUGUGCCAAAUUUUACCAGCGCUGCGGAUCAUGGCAAGCAAGUGAUUGAGGUUAGCAACACACACGGCUCUAAACGUGACGCCGCAGCUCACCAGUCGAAUUUGUUAAGCAGUCACACGGGAGGCGCUUUCCUCGGAAGUGCUCUCUCCGGAAGUAGUAACAUCGAGAAUAGCUUGAGCGCGGGCGGCCCCAACCUGAUCAACCAAACGGGUAGUUCCUGGACGAUGCAAAACGGUAGUGGUGGGAUCGGCAGCGGGGUAGGCAGCGGGAUGGGCAGCGGGAUAGGCAGCGGGAUUGGUAGCGGGAUCAGCAGCGGGAGCGGCCUCUACAGUGUCGGAAGCAACCCCGCGAGCAAUUUCCCCAGUGACCUAAAUGGUUCCGCGCAGGUCCCCCAAAAGAUAGGAAAUUUCAUCACCAGGGGCAAUAAUGCCAACGACCCGUCUAGCAGUAGCAACGGUGGUGGGCACAGCAGCGAUAAUCAUGCGAAUGGGAAUGCUCCGAGUAGUUACCACAGCCACGUUCACAGCCACGUCCACAGCAACAUGAGCAACAAUUUUGCGAGGGACAAUGCUGAAUUUAUAAAGAACGCAAAGAAUGACAAUAAGAGCAGUGAGGGUGGUGACGCCUUUUUUAAUGGGAGUAGCGGCCACUUAAGUGGCGUGCUGCGAGGGGGGACCCCCGGCAGUUACGCAAGUGUGCACGGUAGCGGCUAUGGUGGCGGUCACGGUAGCGGCUAUGGUAACGGUCACGCCAGCGGCCACGGCACCUCCAUUCCAAAUGACAUGUCCAACGUGUCCGCCAAAAAGGCAAACCAGCAGUUUAACGUGAUAAAAAAUAUGAACAUGAUUCAGUCGAGCAACUACCCGGCGAACGCAGCCAACAAGCACGACGUGCAGCAGGUGAAUAACAUGAGUGGCUACCACCAGCCACAUUCCAUGAAAGAGGCCAAUAACGGCAUGACCGGUGUGCUCCCCAGUUCGGUUGGCGGCGCCAUGGUGAGCAGUAGCUUGGUUAGCGGCAACAUGGUGAGCGGCAGCAUGGUUAGCGGCAACAUGGUGAGCGGUAGCAUGGUGAGCGGCGGCCUGGCGAAUAACGGCCAAGCGACUCACUUUAAUCCCUACGGCAAGGUCAACAACAACAACAGCGCCGACGCGGCGAAAGGAUCCUACCCGGAAAACGGUUCCCUAAAUGGAAAUAAAUUUCUAAGCAGCAGUAAGUACCUUAAUGGUAGUAGCACCCUCAACAAUGGAACCGCUCAUAGUGGCAGUUUAAAUGCACCGAAGAUGAGCACAACUGGGGGCAGCAGUAGCAGCAUGACCCCCCAAGGAUCACCGAUGAACACAUCCGACAAGGGUAUUUCUUCCCCAGCGCAUAGCACAAAUGGGAGUUACAGUGCGAAAAAGGCAUUUUACGGUUCUAAGGCGAACACGUCGAAUUUGUAUUCAUCGAAAGGAGGGGAGUAUCCCAUGAGUAGUAAUAACGGGUCGGUCAAGGGCACAGCUGGUAUGUACGCAGGUAGUAGUAAUGGGAACAACAAUGGUAUGCACAGCGGAAUGGGUACUACCCCCAUGAAUGGUCCCAACGGGCAAGUGAACAGCCUGACCAGCGCACUCACCAACACAGCGAACGAAAUUGAUCACCUCACGAACAACCUAACCAAUAGCCUCUCAAACAACAUGACCAAUAAUAUCACCAAUAACUUACAGAUUGUACACAACAAUCAUAUCACACAAAAAAUUAAUAAUAAUAUAUCGAUAAAUUUAUCCAGUGGAAUAAAUGGCAUGAAGAAUGUUAACCUGGCCAAUAUUAAUAAUUUUAAAAAGAACAUUUUUGGCCCAGUGAGCGUGGGGGGGAUGCAGCCAGCAGGGGGGGUGCCUCCGAUGGGGGGUAUGCCUCCUAUGGGGGAGGUGAACAAAGGUGUAUCAAAGUUGGACUCUCCGGAGAAUUUCAGCGACUCUGUGAAGUUUGCCCUGGCUAGCAAUGGCAGCAUGGUUAACACGCACAGCGCAAGUAGUGGUGGUGGGAUAAGCGGCGGGGGAAGCGGCGGCGGAAGCGGCAGUGGCAAUGGCAAUGGCAGUAAUAACGUGUACGCUGGGGAACCCGCUGCCGGGAAGCGGAAUGGAACGCUGCCCAGUUAUUACCUCGUGAAUGGGGGAGGCGUGCAUGGAAGUGGCGUGCAAGGAAGCGGCGUGCAUGGAAGCGGCGCGCAUGGGAACGGCACGAGUGGGACCGCUGUGAACCACGUCGGCGGUGCCCAGAUGAACGCAAACUACGAUCUGCUAAAAAUGAUAGCCAAGGGGAACAACCUGAAUCCAGCAGAUGCAAGAAAAGGCUUGGCGAUGCAGAGACGAGGGGUGCUAGACUCCUCAGGCGCAACGAACCCCUACGGAAACCCAGACAAGUUUAAUGGCUCAGGAUCGCGCAGCUUAGUGGCCACGAGCCACAUUGCCCAAUUGGGCAUGAUGGGAAAGGGGGCUAACGGCUCUGCACCUAUGAACAGUAUGACCAGUUCUAUGUACAACCAUUUCCAAGAUGCACAUAACCAGACCAUCGUGAGGAGCCCCAUGAAAAUGAAGAACGCAACUGCGAAUGUAAUGAGUCCGGGUGGAAGCAUGAACGAUUCAGUGAAUAAUAGGUAUGUCCUAAACAGUGGAAAUGGUGGUGUGGGCUCGAACCACCUACUGAUGAACGAGUCGACGCUGAAUAAUAAGUUAAUGGCUCUGAACAGAAGUGGAGGGAUACCCGAAGACAACGGCCAGAACGGUCAGAAUGGCCAGAAUUGCUACCCUGCAGAGGUGAACGGAAAUCACCUAAGUAGUAGAGACUACAUAAUGAGUAAAGAAAAUAUGGAUUCACAUUUGGGCAAAAAAAGUGAACUGUUAGGCACACCUAUCGGGGGUAGUAGGGGAUCUCCACCCCACUUGGAUAAAAAUGAAUUUCCCUUUGUGGGAAAAAAAAAAAAUUUCAAUGACAUGCAUAAUGGCAGUAAUGGGAUAAUGGCUAGCUCGAAAAGGGGCACUAGCCAGUUAAACAAGGUUAUGCAAUCUGGCAACAUCGUUAGCAGCAGUGGUGAUAAUAGUGAAGCUAUGAAGGCUAUGCACAGGGGAAACAACUUGCCAGGUAUUCACGGCACAAAUCGGGUGCACACGUCUGAGGUGAAUGGUGGAGUCGAUUUGAUGGGCUCCCGUGGCGGUAGCACCAAUGGGUUGAGCAGCCCGAACCAUGUAGCUAUGGCGAACGCGCCGAAUGGAGCGAAUGGAGUGAAUUUUGCUAAUGGAGCGAACUUGGCUAAUGGAGCGAACUUGGCUAAUGGAGCGUUCCCCGCGGAGAAGGAAAGCUUGCGGACGCAAGACAUGAGCAGACUGUACAGCAAAGGUACCUCGAACUAUGGGCAGACGACGAUGAUGCAGCACAGCGGGGGCAGCGAUGUCUACGGCGGAAACGUCCGAAGUGGUGGCGUUGGCGGUAAUUUUAACUUGAACCCACUGGGAAUCCAAAUUGAUCCCAGCGUGAAAAGCAUACGUGGUGGAAGUAACCACCCCCAUGGGGAGCUAUACACUGGUAAGUAUGCCGCUCCAAAUGAUGCGAAUAAGUAUGUGUAUGGCAGUAGGGACAACGGAAACGUCGCGAACUAUGCGUAUGGAGACCACGGGAGGGUGGGUCCCCAUGCUAGUGGAAACUACCCCAGUGUAAAUCUUAACCAGCACAACAAUGGCAGUUUCCCCAAUUCGUAUGAAGGUCUAUCCGAAAAUAGCAAAAGCGGCCAUGGGCAGCACGGGUUCAACCAGGCAAUGGAUGAUGAUCUCACACACACCAACGAUCAGGAGAAUCCCAUUAACUUAAAAAAUAUUAUUAACAUUAACAGUAAUUUUAAUAUGCUAAUGAAUAGCAUGAACAUGGAUGGGGUGGGCGGACUAAUCGGCAUGGAGAGCAGCAACCCCACUGGGGGUAGUUGCAAUGGCAAGGGGGGCAGUAACAACCCCAAUGGGGGUACUAGCAAUCCCAGUGGUGCGUAUUAUGACAGCAGGAGUAGUGGUGCGAGUAAUCAGCUACACAAGGACGGUAUGAACGUGGCUUAUAAGAAGGGGAAUAACUUCUCGAGGAAGGGAAGCAACAACACUGGUACUGUUGGGUCUACCACGGGGUCCUGCUCCGGUGGGUACAGCAAAAUGGUGAAGGAGACCAACGGGAAGAAUAACGCAGUUGGUGUGAUGCAGGGACAGUUGGAGUUAAGUAAUAAUGGUGGAACAAAUGCCUUGGCAGUGAAUUAUUCCAUGCAGAAUGUACUUAGCAAAAAUGGAAAUUUAAAUCACCCUAGGAAUGGGUCAGGUAUCUGCCCUACUACAUCUUCCAAUGGAAUCAAAUUAGAGAACCCAAACAGUUUGCUCUACAGCAUAAGUAGGAAUGUGCAUCUACCAGAUGCUGCGAGCGCCAAAUCGAAAUCUAAGUCGACAGCUGUGAUUGCCACUUUGUUUGAAGACCAUCACAUGUCGAUGGGUGGAGGAAAUGCGGCUCUGAAUGGAGGAGUGGGCAGUGCAGGUGGGAAUAGGAAGAACGGUCUCGAGUAUAAGUUGCAAAGUAUAAAUAAGGAGCAAGUCCAAGUUCCCAUGUAUAGCGGUAAUGGGAAUGGCCUUAAUGACCGGGAACAACUCCCCCAGCUAGCCAAUAUGCCCAUGGGACAGAAUAAUCAAGAGAUGAAACCUAUAUAUGCAAAAGGUUCCUAUAAGAGAAAAAAAGUCGAUGGUGUAGGAAAAUCGAAUGAACAACAGGUGAAGAAUGGUGCAGAUUUGUUGGCUAGUCCUAAGAAGGCAAGAAAAAAGAAGAAUGGUGACCAUGUGAACCAUUCCUCGGGGUCAUCCAAUAAUGAGACAGUAUUGAAGACCCCUCAGAUGGAAAUGAGUAACAGGAAUGGCUCUUACAGGAGUUCCAAGGUACCUAAGGGUAAUGACAAUAAGGGUGAAUGUGCCAACAGUACGCAGUACAUGCCCCCCAGCGGACAAUCGUGUAUCGAAAUUGCGGACGAGGAAGACACGUCGCUUGGGAACGGCGCAGGGGGGAAAAACACGGCCUACGUGGAAGUAACUAGUGAGUGUGGAAUUGCGAGGGAGGAGGGCCACAUUGCACCGGGGGGGAGCGGUGGUAGCGGAGGUAGCGGUGGUAGGACGUACAACCUGCAGAGUGCUGAAGAGCAUCGCGUAGUACCCCACGUGGAUGCAGUGGCAAGAGGAUCAGAAAAGAGCAGCAGAUGGGCAGGUACUGCAAAGGGUGCAAAUAGCAUCAAUCAUGAAAGUCCAAAUAUCGAAUAUGUUCAUUCAGCUUAUGCGCACACAGGUGAAGGAAGUGUUAAUGAGGUAGGCUCAGCAGCCAUUGCAGCAAGAUACAUUUCUCCUUCUCCUGGUGGGGCAUCUCCAUGGGGAACCCAUUUCAACAAUCCAUCAGGUUCUCACCUUUCCCCACGCAAUUGGGAGGAAGCGGCUAAUGACAAGUGUGUAAAUGGUGUUUCGUAUCCAAGCCGUGGACUCGAUAGGAGUAACAACAACCAAGCGAAGGACGGCACUUCUGCGGAGGAGAGUCUCAACGUGAUGAAUUUCCCCAGUGUAAAAAAUGAUGCAAAGGAUGAGCAGAAGAAGAAUGUCAUCGAAAUGAGCAUUGACAUGUCACUCAAAAACAUAGAGGAGUCCAUUACCAAAUAUAAUGAAUUGAGAAAAAAUAAGGACACGCAAAAUGAGGAAAACGAUGCCGUAGUAGAUGUAGAUAAUAAUGCCACUUUGGCUAACCAGCGUGCCAACUGGAUGAAUGACAAAAGGGAUGAACAUCCAAUCGCUAAGGACUGUGUAUAUACUAUUUAUUCCUCUGUAGAAGAAAUGUUUAACGAACCUGGUGUAGGCAAUUCGAAUGAAGGGCUUGAGGACAGAAAUGGGGAUAGCCGUUCGGGCAAGGCGGACAGCAGGGAACAGAGCAGCCCUGGCGAUGGGGAGGUGUGCGAUAAAUCGAUUGGCGAACCGCGCAUAGAAGCGCCCAUAGAAGUGCCCACCGAAUCGCGCAUAGAAGCGUCCACCGAAUCGCCCACCGAACCGCGCAUAGAAACGGCAACUGAACAGCCUGCCGAAGCGCCGAGCAAACCCAACGCGGAGGGUCAUGCGGCGAACGAACCCCACCAGAGGGAACAAGAAGGGGCAACGAGCAGAAGUGCCAACGAGGGGAACAUCGCGUACGAUAGGAUACUGCUGGACGAUGUGUGUAAGGUGAACUAUGACGAACUGUAUAUGAGUAGCGGCGGGGAUCAUCUGAGCGAUGGGAAGGGAGCAGCAAAGGGGGGAGAGGCAAAGGAGGGAGAAGCAUACCUGACACAGAAGGGACAUGGCGAUAGUAGUACCUCCUUUACGAAUAAUACGAGGAGGAAUAAUCAAACGGUCAUUCUGCCCGUGUAUAAUUUGGAAGGGGGAAAAAGAUUUCACGUAACAAAUAGAGCUUUUAACAUUAUUGAAGAACAAAAGGAGGAUAAAAAGGUGAAAGAAUUUGAGGAAGGUGAUUCCACUACAAGCGAAUUGGACGAGGAGAAUCGGGAUAGCGAAGAACAGGAUGAGAAGGGGACUGUGCAUUAUGCGUGUGGAAGAACCACAGAAAAUGGAGACCGCCCAUUUGAUGUGGUUAAGAAUUGUGUCAGGGAAGAUGAUGACAGUGAUUACACCCUCAAUGAGGAUGGCGGCAGUGAGGAGGGUACCAAUAAGGAUGGCGGCAGUGGGGAAGGCCCCAAUAAGGGCAACUGCAGUGAGGAGGGUACCCAUAAGGAUGGCGGCAGUGAGGAGGGUACCCGUAAGGAUGACUGCAGUGAGGACAAAAUUGCGAACGAGCGAAAAGACGGAAAAGAAGAGACACCUCUAGCAGAAACCGUGAAUGAAAAAAAAAGCAAUGUCAUAGAAGUACAUCAUUUUAGGGGAGAGCACCUUAAUGAGCCGAAAAAGUUGACACUCGUUUUGAGCCAGAAGAUGCUGGAUGAACUGGAGAUGAUUUACGAAAAAAUAAAAAAAGUGAAGUGUGAUGAUGGAGACCAAAUAAACUUCAGUGUUUGUAGAAGGAUUAAUAGGGAAGAAUUUACGGCAGUAUGGAGUUACCUAACGGGCAUCAUGGACGGGAGUUACAGGAAGAGCAGGAAAUUAAAAAUUGUUAAACUUGUCAGAUCUAAUAUGCUGCAGCAGGUUUUUUAUGAGAAGGGAGAAAAGCCGAAAAUGCUCACGCUCCAUUUUCAUGUGAACGCCCGCGAGGAAAUGUCCGAUGUCCAGGGAGGCCUUGUACGGUUAGAAACUUCGUUCAUAACAAGUGAGGCCACGAAAAGGGAAAUGGACACUCUGAUCAAGGGAAAUUUCGACAUCACAUUGGAUUCCUUAUCUCUGUGUACUUCAUCAGUUUUUAAUAUGUAUAGGAGUAGCAGCAAUUUCAGUAUGCUGUCUACGUUUCACGGCGAAAUUAUCCAGUUGCACGUUUCCUCGGCGAAGGCGUGCAAGGGGAUCAUAGAACUGCACGAGGAUGCAAGUGGCUUCGAGAACACGGAAAAGAAGUUUUUGAUAACCAUCCGCGCCAACAGCCCAAAUCUUCAAGAAUUUUUUAAUAGUUUUUGUGAGCUCAUUUUUUAA